GUAAGGUCGCAAACAGCAAAAGACCGAUUCCCAAGGCAACCUUUCGCGGCAUCCCCAUGACAGUAAAAUAAUCCAAAAUAAUCACUUUCCACUCCUAUGCUUACUUCUGUCACCUCAUUUCCAUAACCGUCGCUAUUAUGUCCUCCUCCUCCUCCGCCAUUCGCUUCCGUCGUCUAGGCACAGCGGCGAUCAUCUCCGCCGUAUCUGGAGGGGCCAUCCUUCUCUCUCCUAAUAUAUCCUCCAGCGACCGAGGCGGUGGACCUGCUCUCGACGCCGUAAGGCAGAGGAUCAAUGAUUUUAAUGCGGUUGUUCCGUCGCGAGCGGCUCAAGAAUCGGCUUUGAUCGCCGCUGGUGCGAACAAUCCUCUUGAUGUUUUGGUGAUUGGUGGUGGCGCCACCGGUUCUGGAGCGGCGCUUGAUGCUGUGACACGUGGACUUCGCGUUGGUCUUGUUGAAAGAGAGGAUUUUUCUUCUGGUACCUCUUCUAGGUCAACAAAGUUAAUUCAUGGAGGAGUUCGCUACCUGGAGAAAGCUGUCUUUAAUCUUGACUAUGGGCAACUAAAGCUAGUUUUCCAUGCACUUGAGGAGCGUAAACAGGUGAUUGAUAAUGCACCACACAUGUGCCAUGCUUUGCCUUGCAUGACACCCUGUUUUAGCUGGUUUGAGACGCUAUAUUAUUGGAUGGGCUUGAAAAUGUACGAUUUGGUCGCAGGACCACGCUUGUUACAUUUGUCUAGAUAUUAUUCUGCUAGGGAGUCCCUUGAACUCUUCCCCACUCUUGCUAAAAAGGGUAAGGAUAGAAGCUUAUGGGGCACAGUGGUGUAUUACGAUGGGCAGAUGAAUGACUCACGUGUUAAUGUCAGUUUGGCCUGUACUGCUGCUUUAGCAGGUGCAGCUGUACUCAACCAUGCUGAGGUGUUAUCUUUGCUAAAAGAUGAGGCUCAUGGGCAUAUAAUUGGUGCACGGAUCCGGGACAAUCUAUCUGGCAAAGAGUUUGACACCUAUGCAAAAGUUGUAGUGAAUGCGGCUGGGCCAUUUUGUGACUCUGUAAGGAAAAUGGUUAACAAAGAUGUACAACCUAUGAUUGCUCCUAGCAGCGGUGUACAUAUUGUUCUCCCUGAUUAUUAUUCCCCAGAGGGAAUGGGCUUGAUUGUUCCCAAAACAAAAGAUGGGCGUGUUGUUUUCAUGUUGCCAUGGUUGGGAAGAACAGUUGCUGGGACUACAGAUUCUAACACUGUCAUAACUGCGCUUCCGGAACCUCACGAGGAUGAGAUUCAGUUUAUACUUGAUGCUAUUUCGGAUUACCUUAGUGUUAAGGUUCGUCGCACAGAUGUUCUUUCCGCCUGGAGUGGUAUUCGCCCAUUAGCUGUGGAUCCAUCAGCAAAGAACACUGAGAGCAUCUCUAGAGAUCAUGUGGUAUGUGAAGAUUAUCCUGGUUUGGUCACAAUCACUGGUGGAAAAUGGACUACUUACCGCAGCAUGGCAGAAGAUGCUGUUGAUGCAGCAAUAAAGUCUGGGAAGCUGAGUCCAUCAAAUGGAUGUGUAACUCAAAACCUGAGCCUUGUUGGUGGAGAUGGAUGGGAGCCUUCAUCAUUCACAGUUCUUGCUCAACAAUAUAAGCGCAUGAAGAAGACAUAUGGUGGGAAAGUUGUCCCUGGAGCAAUGGAUACUGCCGCUGCUAAGCACUUAUCGCAUGCAUAUGGUACAAUGGCCGAACGAGUAGCUGCCAUUGCUCAGAAUGAAGGUCUAGGGAAGCGACUUGCCCAUGGCUACCCUUUUCUUGAGGCAGAGGUCGCGUACUGUGCCCGACAGGAGUAUUGCGAAUCUGCUGUUGAUUUCAUUGCUAGAAGAUCAAGGCUUGCUUUUCUAGAUACUGAUGCAGCAGGCCGGGCACUGCCGCGCGUCAUUGAGAUACUGGCUACUGAGCACAACUGGGAUAAAGGAAGACAGAAGGAAGAGUUAGAAAAAGCCAAAAGAUUCUUGGAGACUUUCAAGUCGUCGAAAAAUGCUCAGUUUCAUGAUGGGAAGCAUUGAUAGUUCUUGAACUAGUGAGCUGGGUUUUUAAGGAGCUCCAUUUCUCUGCUACCUGUAGUUUGCCCCAAUUUUCUUAGCCAAUGUUGAUACAAGGAGUUAUUGACUGCUUUGAUCAGCAGAUUGCUAUAACACAGUGGUUUGAUCCUACACAUCAUAAUUAUCUCUUAAAAUAAUGUUUUAUCAAUCAGGAUUGAUUCCAUAGGUUCCUGUGUUUUACAGAAAGUACAUUAAAUUUGGCAAUAAGUUGCCUGUUAUGCUGACAGUUUCUUCACAUGAAAUUUCACAAUCUUUAAUUUUA